AAUGGCUAUUAACAGCCGGAAGAGUGAAGUAAACAGAAAAAACAGAUAAAGUCCGGCGAGAGCAGAGCUGCCAUAUUAACCAAUCAAAACAGAAAGUUAUGGCGUCUGUUUCUUUGCUGUCUCCUUGGGUGUCCCGGCGUCCUUGCAAUCGCCACUUCACAUCUUUCUCCGACGAGUCGCCUCUCCAUUCUUUUAAUUUCAAUCCUAACCCUAACUCGCUCUCUUCAGGUAUCAAGAGAUGCAGAAAGCAACAGCACCCUUGCUGCAGCAACUCCUACCAAGUAGAAGAACAACACCAACCCUAUUUUUCGCUACAAGGACUACCUGGAAGAAGAGAAAUUCUGUUCAACAUCGCAUUUACUGGGUGUAGUUUUCCUGCAAUUGUUUAUAAUGCAUUGGCGGAGACUGAUGAGCUUCGCGUUUAUACUGAUGAUGCCAACAAGUUCCAGAUAACGAUUCCUCAAGACUGGCGAGUGGGUACAGGAGAACCUAACGGCGGGUUCAAGUCAGUGACCGCUUUUUACCCAGAAGAAGCUUACACGAGCUCGAAUGUUAGCGUUGUGAUCACUGGGCUUGGUCCGGAUUUUACUAAAAUGGAAUCUUUUGGCAAAGUGGAUGCCUUCGCUGAGACAUUGGUGAGUGGAUUGGACAGAAGCUGGCAAAGGCCCCCAGGUGUAGCAGCAAAACUUAUCGACUCUAAAUCCACUAAUGGGCUUUAUUACAUUGAAUACACACUGCAAAAUCCAGGAGAAAGUCGCAAACAUUUAUAUUCAGCCCUUGGGAUGGCAUUCAAUGGUUGGUAUAACAGACUAUAUACCGUGACAGGACAGUUUUUGGAUGAAGACUCAGAGAAAUAUGGUUCCAAGAUUCAGAAGGCUGUUUCAUCCUUCAGGUUCAUUUCAUGACAUGGCGAGCCGUGAACUAUAUAGAAGAAUCUGUGAUGGUCCAGGUUACAUCGAUUAUUCUUCACAUUGGUUAUUUGGUAAAUUGUAUACAAUUUUUAUGCAAUUGAGGAAGCUAUCCUUAGUAUCUUUCCAAUCGACAAAAAGCUAUUUUCUCUCUCCUGGUUGAAAUUGAACUGAGACUUCCUAUUCUGAGAACCAUUAUGAAAAGAAAGGUACUUGUAUAUAUUUAAUCUAGGUCUAGCACGACUGUGAACUAAUGACAUGACAUGCUAUUAUUGA